AUGCAAGGUUCCCGCGGCUCUACAAAUCAAGAGCUUACUUCGACGGAUUACUUUGUGGCAUCGGGGACAGCAGGUAUUCUGACUUCUAUUGCAACAAACCCUGUAUGGGUCAUCAAAACCCGAAUGCUGUCCUCCGGUUCUCGUUCCCCAGGCGCUUACCCAUCCUUCACUUCUGGAGCUCUGCAGAUUUUACGGACAGAAGGCCUUCCAGGCUUCUACCGUGGAAUUUUGCCCGCUCUUUUUGGGGUCAGCCAUGGAGCGCUUCAAUUUAUGGCAUAUGAGAAGUUGAAAGUAUACCGCGCGGGAGCUUUGGAUUCUAGCUACGCCGGGCAGCAGCUUGGAAAUGUCGAUUUUUUUAUCAUCUCCAGCAUAUCGAAGAUUUUUGCCGGAUGUGUUACAUAUCCAUACCAGGUUCUGAGGUCUCGGUUACAAACAUACGAUUCACACCUUAUAUAUCGGGGAACCACAGACGUAAUUGCACAAAUAUGGGCAAAAGAAGGCAUCGCAGGAUUCUACAAGGGCCUAGGACCUAAUUUAUUUAGGGUCUUGCCAAGUACGUGGGCGACAUUCUUGGUGUACGAGAAUACGAAAACCUAUCUACUACCAAAAGCAGCUGCAAGCGAAGCAUAA